GGGGGGGCCAGAGCCACAGGAUGGCUUCCCCUCUGAGGGACGAGGAGGAGGAGGAGGAGGAGAUGGUGGUGUCGGAGGAGGAAGAAGAGGAGGAAGAUGAGGGUGACGAAGAGGAGGAGGAGGUGGAGGCGGCCGACGAAGACGACGAGGACGACGACGAGGGGAUCCUCGGGCGCGGGCCGGGCCACGACCGGGGCCGCGACCGCGACCGCCACAGCCCCCCCGCCUGCCACCUCUUCCCGCCGCCGCCGCCGCCCCCGCCGCCCCCGCCGCCAGAUAAGGAUGACAUUCGACUGCUGCCUUCAGCAUUGGGUGUGAAGAAGAGAAAACGAGGACCCAAGAAGCAGAAGGAGAACAAGCCAGGAAAACCCCGAAAACGCAAGAAGCUUGACAGUGAAGAGGAAUUUGGCUCUGAGCGAGAUGAGUACCGGGAGAAGUCGGAGAGUGGAGGCAGUGAAUAUGGAACUGGACCAGGUCGGAAGCGGAGACGGAAGCACCGAGAAAAAAAGGAGAAGAAGACCAAGCGGCGGAAAAAAGGGGAGGGAGAUGGUGGGCCCAAGCCUGGUGUCUCCCAGCAGGUAGAGCAGAAGUCAUCAGCAACUCUGCUUCUCACCUGGGGCCUGGAGGACGUGGAGCAUGUGUUCUCGGAGGAGGAUUACCACACGCUCACCAACUACAAAGCCUUUAGCCAGUUCAUGAGGCCGCUAAUUGCUAAGAAGAACCCUAAGAUCCCGAUGUCGAAGAUGAUGACCAUCCUUGGGGCCAAGUGGAGAGAGUUCAGUGCCAAUAACCCCUUCAAGGGGUCGGCAGCAGCUGUGGCGGCAGCAGCGGCUGCAGCAGCCGCAGCUGUAGCUGAGCAGGUGUCAGCUGCUGUCUCAUCGGCCACCCCCAUAGCACCUUCCGGAUCCCCUGCCCUUCCACUCCCACCUGCUGCUGAUAUCCAACCCCCACCCAUCCGAAGAGCCAAAACCAAAGAGGGCAAAGGUCCCGGUCAUAAGAGGCGGAGUAAGAGCCCCCGAGUGCCUGACGGACGCAAGAAGCUUCGGGGAAAGAAGAUGACACCACUCAAAAUCAAACUAGGGCUUCUGGGUGGCAAGAGGAAGAAAGGCUCAUAUGUUUUUCAGAGUGACGAGGGCCCCGAACCAGAGGCUGAGGAGUCAGACCUGGAUAGUGGCAGUGUCCACAGUGCCUCAGGCCGUCCUGAUGGCCCUGUCCGCACCAAGAAACUAAAGAGAGGCCGGCCAGGGAGAAAGAAGAAGAAGGUCCUGGGCUGUCCUGCAGUGGCCGGGGAGGAGGAGGUUGAUGGCUACGAGACGGAUCACCAGGAUUACUGUGAGGUGUGCCAGCAGGGUGGGGAAAUUAUUCUGUGCGACACCUGCCCCCGUGCCUACCACCUCGUCUGCCUUGAUCCUGAGCUUGACCGGGCUCCUGAGGGCAAAUGGAGCUGCCCCCACUGUGAGAAGGAGGGGGUACAGUGGGAGGCCAAGGAAGAGGAGGAGGAGUAUGAAGAGGAGGGAGAGGAAGAAGGGGAGAAGGAGGAAGAAGACGAUCACAUGGAGUACUGCCGUGUGUGCAAGGAUGGUGGGGAGCUCUUGUGCUGUGACGCUUGCAUCUCCUCCUACCACAUUCAUUGUCUAAACCCACCCCUGCCUGACAUCCCCAACGGUGAAUGGCUGUGUCCCCGAUGCACAUGCCCCAUGCUGAAAGGCCGUGUGCAGAAGAUCCUGCAUUGGCGGUGGGGGGAACCGCCCGUGGCAGUGCCGGCCCCCCCACAGGUAGAUGGGAAUCCAGAUGCCCCACCUCCUCGUCCUCUUCAAGGCAGAUCAGAGCGAGAGUUCUUUGUCAAGUGGGUAGGACUGUCCUACUGGCACUGCUCCUGGGCCAAGGAGCUUCAGCUGGAAAUCUUCCACUUGGUAAUGUACCGAAACUACCAACGGAAGAAUGACAUGGAUGAGCCCCCACCCCUGGACUAUGGCUCUGGUGAGGAUGAUGGGAAGAGUGACAAGCGCAAGGUGAAAGAUCCGCACUACGCUGAGAUGGAGGAGAAAUAUUAUCGUUUUGGCAUCAAGCCAGAGUGGAUGACGGUCCACCGUAUCAUCAACCACAGUGUGGAUAAAAAGGGAAAUUACCACUAUUUAGUAAAAUGGAGGGACUUGCCAUAUGACCAGUCCACGUGGGAGGAAGAUGAAAUGAAUAUCCCCGAAUAUGAAGACCAUAAGCAAAGCUACUGGAGACACCGAGAACUAAUUAUGGGAGAGGACCCCGCCCAGCCCCGGAAGUAUAAGAAGAAGAAGAAGGAGCUGCAGGGUGAUGGGCCUCCCAAUUCUCCUACUAACGACCCUACAGUGAAAUAUGAGACUCAGCCACGGUUUAUCACAGCCACUGGAGGCACACUGCACAUGUAUCAGCUGGAAGGGUUGAAUUGGCUACGUUUCUCAUGGGCCCAGGGCACCGACACCAUUCUGGCUGAUGAGAUGGGGCUGGGCAAGACCAUACAAACCAUCGUCUUCCUCUACUCACUCUAUAAGGAGGGCCACACAAAGGGUCCCUUCCUGGUGAGUGCCCCGCUCUCUACCAUCAUCAAUUGGGAGCGGGAGUUCCAGAUGUGGGCACCCAAGUUUUAUGUGGUGACAUACACGGGUGACAAGGACAGCCGGGCCAUCAUUCGUGAGAAUGAGUUUUCCUUUGAAGAUAAUGCCAUCAAAGGCGGCAAGAAAGCCUUUAAGAUGAAGAGGGAGGCACAGGUGAAGUUCCAUGUUCUCCUGACAUCGUAUGAGUUGAUCACCAUUGAUCAGGCAGCACUUGGCUCCAUCCGCUGGGCCUGCCUCGUGGUGGAUGAGGCCCAUCGACUCAAGAACAACCAGUCCAAGUUUUUCAGGGUCCUCAAUGGCUACAAGAUAGAUCAUAAAUUACUGCUAACAGGGACUCCAUUGCAAAAUAAUCUGGAAGAGCUUUUUCACCUGCUGAACUUCCUCACCCCAGAAAGGUUUAACAACCUGGAGGGCUUCCUGGAGGAGUUUGCAGACAUAUCCAAAGAAGACCAGAUUAAAAAACUGCAUGAUUUGCUGGGGCCACAUAUGCUUCGGAGGCUCAAGGCUGACGUCUUUAAGAACAUGCCAGCCAAGACAGAGCUCAUCGUUCGAGUGGAGCUGAGCCCCAUGCAGAAGAAAUACUACAAGUAUAUCCUGACUCGAAAUUUUGAGGCCUUGAAUUCACGAGGCGGUGGGAACCAGGUGUCACUGCUUAACAUCAUGAUGGAUCUUAAGAAGUGCUGCAACCAUCCAUACCUCUUUCCUGUGGCUGCUAUGGAGUCCCCAAAACUCCCCAGUGGGGCUUAUGAGGGUGGGGCCCUUAUUAAGUCGUCUGGGAAGCUCAUGCUGCUGCAGAAGAUGCUGCGGAAGCUAAAGGAGCAAGGACACAGAGUGCUCAUCUUCUCACAGAUGACCAAAAUGUUAGACUUGCUAGAGGAUUUCUUAGACUACGAAGGCUACAAGUAUGAGCGCAUCGAUGGUGGCAUCACUGGUGCCCUGAGGCAGGAGGCCAUUGAUAGAUUCAACGCUCCUGGGGCCCAACAAUUCUGCUUCCUCCUGUCCACCCGAGCUGGGGGCUUGGGCAUCAAUCUGGCCACGGCAGACACUGUCAUCAUCUUCGAUUCUGACUGGAACCCUCAUAAUGACAUCCAGGCCUUUAGCCGCGCUCAUCGAAUCGGCCAGGCCAACAAAGUAAUGAUUUACCGGUUUGUGACUCGUGCAUCAGUGGAAGAGCGGAUCACACAAGUGGCCAAGAGAAAGAUGAUGCUGACCCACCUGGUAGUGCGCCCUGGGCUGGGCUCCAAGGCGGGCUCCAUGUCCAAGCAGGAGCUGGAUGACAUCCUCAAAUUUGGCACUGAGGAACUAUUUAAGGAUGAGAACGAGGGGGAGAACAAGGAGGAGGACAGCAGCGUGAUUCACUAUGACAAUGAGGCCAUUGCUCGGCUGUUGGACCGAAACCAGGAUGCAACCGAAGACACUGACGUGCAGAAUAUGAACGAAUAUCUCAGUUCCUUCAAGGUGGCCCAGUAUGUGGUGCGGGAGGAAGACAAGAUUGAGGAGAUCGAACGGGAGAUCAUCAAGCAGGAGGAGAACGUGGACCCUGACUACUGGGAAAAGCUGCUGAGGCAUCACUAUGAGCAGCAGCAGGAAGACCUAGCCCGGAACCUCGGCAAGGGCAAGCGGGUUCGCAAGCAAGUCAACUACAACGAUGCUGCUCAAGAGGACCAAGAUAACCAGUCAGAAUACUCGGUGGGAUCAGAGGAGGAGGAUGAAGACUUUGAUGAGCGUCCUGAAGGGCGUCGACAGUCAAAGAGGCAGCUCCGGAAUGAAAAAGAUAAGCCACUGCCUCCACUGCUGGCUCGCGUUGGGGGCAACAUUGAGGUGUUGGGGUUCAACACCCGUCAGCGGAAGGCUUUCCUCAAUGCCGUGAUGCGCUGGGGGAUGCCGCCGCAGGAUGCCUUCACCACUCAGUGGCUGGUGCGAGACCUAAGGGGCAAGACUGAGAAAGAGUUCAAGGCCUACGUGUCUUUGUUCAUGCGCCAUCUCUGUGAGCCCGGGGCAGACGGCUCUGAAACAUUUGCCGACGGGGUCCCUCGGGAGGGCCUGAGUCGCCAGCAAGUAUUGACCCGCAUUGGAGUCAUGUCUCUCGUCAAGAAGAAGGUACAAGAGUUUGAGCACAUCAAUGGGCGCUGGUCGAUGCCUGAGCUGAUGCCUGACCCCAGUGCUGACUCCAAGCGCUCCUCCAGAGCCUCCUCUCCCACCAAAACGUCUCCCACCACCCCCGAGGCUUCUGCUGCCAACAGCCCCUGCACCUCUAAGCCUGCUACUCCAGCUCCCAGUGAGAAAGGAGAUGGCGUAAGGACGCCACUUGAGAAGGAUGAAGCUGAAAACCAGGAGGAGAAGCCAGAGAAGAAUAGCAAAAUUGGGGAGAAGAUGGAGACAGAGGCUGAUGCCCCCAGCCCAGCCCUAUCGCUCGGGGAACGGCCGGAGUCAAGGAAGAUUCCUCUGGAGGACGAGGAGCCAGGGGUGGCUGGAGAGAUGGAGCCUGAACCUGGGUACCGGGGGGACAGAGAGAAGUCAGCCACAGAGUCGACGCCAGGAGAGAGGGGGGAGGAGAAGCCGUUGGAUGGACAGGAACACAGGGAGAGGCCAGAGGGGGAAACAGGGGAUUUGGGCAAGAGAGCAGAAGAUGUGAAAGGCGGCCGGGAGCUUCGGUCUGGGCCCCGAGACGAGCCACGAUCCAAUGGGCGACGUGAGGAGAAGGCAGAGAAGCCACGGUUCAUGUUCAAUAUUGCAGAUGGCGGCUUUACAGAGCUUCACACACUGUGGCAGAAUGAGGAACGGGCAGCUAUUUCCUCGGGGAAACUCAAUGAAAUCUGGCACCGAAGACAUGACUAUUGGCUUCUGGCUGGGAUUGUUCUCCAUGGCUAUGCACGGUGGCAGGACAUCCAGAAUGAUGCUCAGUUUGCCAUUAUCAAUGAGCCAUUUAAAACUGAAGCCAAUAAGGGGAACUUUCUGGAGAUGAAAAAUAAGUUUCUGGCCCGGAGAUUCAAGCUCCUGGAGCAGGCGCUGGUGAUAGAGGAGCAGCUUCGGCGGGCGGCCUACCUGAACCUAUCACAGGAGCCGGCGCACCCCGCCAUGGCCCUCCACGCCCGCUUCGCCGAGGCCGAGUGCCUGGCUGAGAGCCACCAGCACCUCUCCAAGGAGUCGCUGGCGGGGAACAAGCCGGCCAACGCCGUACUGCACAAGGGUAAGGGCCGCGGCGGCCCCGCGCGGGGGAGGGCCCACAACGCUGCUUCUGAACCAGCUGGAGGAGUUGCUGAGCGACAUGAAGGCAGACGUGACCCGCCUGCCGGCCACGCUGUCUCGAAUACCCCCCAUCGCAGCCCGCCUUCAGAUGUCCGAGCGCAGCAUCCUCAGCCGGCUGGCCAGCAAGGGCACGGAGCCUCACCCCACACCGGUCUUUCCCCCGGGUCCCUACGCCACACCCCCGGGGUACGGGGCGGCCUUCAGCUCCGCUCCCGUAGGGGCUCUGGCCGCCGCAGGCGCCAAUUACAGCCAGAUGCCUGCAGGGUCCUUCAUCACAGCCGCCACCAACGGCCCUCCAGUGCUGGUGAAGAAGGAGAAGGAAAUGGUGGGGGCAUUAGUGUCAGACGGGCUGGACCGGAAGGAGCCCCGAGCCGGGGAGGUGAUCUGUAUAGACGACUGACUGGAUCCCAGGCCUGCCCUUCACCCAGGCCCCGUGCCCGAGGCCGACCCCCAGCUCAGACUCUGGGGUCUGCUGCCAAUCCUCCGCCUUCCCCACCCGCUGGGCCACCACUGGGCUAGGAGCCCCUUUGCCCCUCUCUAUGACUCCUCUUUUCAAGAAGGGCCCUUUGUCUCUCUCCACUCCCACACAUCUUUCCCACCGUGCUUUGAAGACUGUGCUGGUGAGAAGAGGUCUGGGUGGGAAUUGGUGAGCAGGGUCUUCCAAGAACCUUUGUCCUCCACUGCCAAACACACAGCUUCCCAAUGAAUGGUUGUGGGGAGGUAAGAGGUGGAGCCGUUAUUCCUGCGGGAUAAGCUCCAUCUUGAGCAGAGGUGGGGGUUAGCACUGCCUGGCCUUUAGAAACUUCCGGGGGAGGAAAGGAGCUUUGAAGAGAGGAAGGGGACUUUAGAUAAGGAUGACCAUGAGCCCUGGCAGAGAGAAAGGGAAGAGGAGGGGUGGCUGCAUGUUUCCUUCCCUUACCUCUCCUGAAAUAGAGUGUGGAGCAGUUAAAGGGAGUCAAUUGCUGUUCCGCCUCAGAAUAAAGGCGCCAUUCACUGGCUCAGUUACCUCCUGUGUACUGGCAUCUUGUGUUGGGCAUCUUACCCCCUCCACAGGGGCCAAGAACCACCCCUACAAAGAGAGUAAUGGUUGGGCGAUACCCCCUCAAGCCAAAGAGGAGCUCCCCAAUCUGACCUAGGGACCCAGGUGACCUAGAAAGGGUGGGAGAGAACACAAUGGGCCAGAUGAGGGGGAACCCCCAGCUCUGGGGCUCAGGUUCUGAGGACUUCUCCCCUUUCUCCUGAAGGCCUGAAUACGGACUAAAUUUGAGUGUGUGAGGCAGGGGGCCUAGUCAGGAGGCUACUUGCUUUGAGGACCAGAGAAAAAUAAUGGAGAGCAGGCUAGGGAGACACGGGCACGCACACCCUCUUCCCCAAGAGGGGCUGAGGAGAGUGGCAGUUUGCAUGGCGAACCCUCCACUUCCUCUUCGCUGCCCCUUCACUUUCUUGCUGGCCAUUCCCCAGUCUCUCUUCACACUCACUCCUGGUCUGUCCCAAUCCCCUCUUCUGUAUCAGGUUUAUUGGUUGUACAUAUAAAUUAUACUUUCCUUUC